AUGGCAACCAGGUGCUUUGCAAAGGAGCUAGGGAAGCACGGAAUUCGAGUAAAUACCGUCAAUCCGACCGCGGUCAUGACUGAAAUGGGUAAAGUGGCCUGGAACGAUCCGACACAAUCAGCGGCGUUGCUUGCUCAAAUUCCGAUUGGAAGGUUCGCAGAGGUCGAGGACGUUGUCAGAGCCGUGAUGUUUCUUUUGAGCGAUGCAUCUGCGAUGACUACUGGAGCAUCACUUCCAGUUGAUGGAGGAUUUACAAGAAUGUAG